AUGAAAACCAACACGAGCCGAUUCAUAGCCCUGCACACGAGUCCAUCUGGGUUUCUCUGCCCAAAGAUUUACACAGCGAAGGGAAUAUGGCUAGUUCUGGUUUUAAGUAAACACUUGGGCUCUGCUUUAGGCACUCCUGAGGGUGCGCUGGCAGCGCACACCCUGCCCAGCGCUGCCUCCCCAAACUCCAGCCGCACACCAGCCCGCGCUCCGGCGCGCAGUCCCGAGGAGCCCCGUUCGCUGCCGAGCGGAGCGGGCACCGCACACCGCGGGGAGAUCAGCCCUCUGCCCGGGCAGGCCGCGCACCGCCGCGCACCCCCGGCUGCCCCGGCGGGACCGGCCCGACCCCCGGCGACACGUCGAGCCCGGCUCCGGGCUGCGGGCGAGCCGCCACAGGACGGCAUUCCGCGCCGUGCAGCCGCGAUCCCGACCCCGCCGAGCCGGGGCGCACGGCGAGCGGGCGGCACCGCUCGAGGGGCGCAGCAGCCCCGGGAGCGGCGGCUCCGCAGGGUCCCCCCCGGGAGCGGAGCAGCCCCGCCGCGGCACGCGGAGCCCUCCGGCGGCCGCCGCCGCUGCCACAGUCACAGCCCCUCGCCCCGGCUGGACGGAGGGUUCCGCGUUUCCUCAGCCGCUUCGAAGCGGGGGCCGUCCGCACAACUUUCCCCGCGGCGAGCCCGGCUGCGCUCCCGGCCCGGGUUGCGCCGCACGCCGCUCCCCGCCGCUGACACCCGGGCACGCCGGGGAGGGCAAACACACAAAAAGCUCCUGAGACCCGCCCGAACCGGCAUUUCUCCUCCGUCCUACCUGCCCGGCUGCCGGAGACCCCACACCGCCCGCUCCGCGCCGAGCGCUCCGUGCGACGCCCAGGUGGCGUUAGGAGCGCGCUUCCCACGGGCGGCGCGCCCCCGGCGGCCGGAACAUCCCCGCCGGGCGCCGCCGGGAGGAGGGCGCUCCGCACCCGCCCGCGCCGCGGACACCGCCGACACCGCUGCACCUGUGCUGGGCGGGCAGCGGCGCCGCCCCGUCAGUGCCGGCCCGAGCGGGGGCGGGGGAACACCGGGACCGCUCGCCCCGCGCCCGCCGCCGCCACCGCCCUCCCCAGGCAGCCGCCGCCGCACGAGGGACCCCCCCAUCGCCGCCGCUCCGUGCGCUCAUUGGCCCGGCUGCCGUGACCUCACGGCGCCCGCCCCGCCCCGCCGCCGACCCCGGCCCGGGGCAGCGCUGCCGGGCGCGGCGGCACCGCCGGGGUGCGAGGCCGGGCCGCCCGACGGCCGCUCCCAGCUGCUGGGACACUGCGGAGAGCCGGCGGGCGGGGACGGGAGAGAGCGAGUGUGCCCGCGGCCCCCGCCCCGGGGCCGUGCACUUGUGUCAAACCAGGGUUUAGGAGUCUCCUUAUCUCGUCUGCCAGGUGCGGACAGCGAGGUGCAGGCAGGGAGGAGCCACAGGAGUUUCUGUGCGGGGCGGCAGGGGCUGCCCCAGCUGGGCACAGCCCAUUCCAGCCCAUUCCAGCCGGGCACAGCCCAUUCCAGCUGGGCACAGCCCAUUCCAGACCAUUCCAGCUGGGCACAGUCCGUUCCAGCCCAUUCCAGCCGGGCACAACCCAUUCCAGCCAGGCACAGCCCAUUCCAGCUGGGCACAGCCCAUUCCAACCGGGCACAGCCCAUUCCAGAUGGGCACAGCCCAUUCCAACCAGGCACAACCCAUUCCAGCCGGGCACAGCCCAUUCCAGCCAGUCACAAACCAUUCCAGCUGCGCACAGCCCAUUUCAGCCCAUUCCAGAUGGGCACAGCCCAUUCCAGCCGGGCACAGCCCAUUCCAGCUGGGCGUAGCCCAUUCCAGCCAGCUCCAAGGUGCCACUGCAGGGUUCGCCUGAGCUCUGCCGCCGUGCUCCGGCUGCUUUCAGGAAAGCGUGCUUCAGAAUGGGCCAAACACAUUUUUUUUUUUAAUGAUGAAAAAUCUCAGGAUUUUUUGCUGGUCGCUGUGACCCUGAGAAAUUUAAAAAGUCUUUUCCCAGUCCGAGUGCCUGAAGAAUGA